AUGCGCGCGGAGCGGGCGAUGAGCUCGAAGAGCCGUACCGAAUGCAUACGCUCUAACAGAGACACGAAACAGCACCCAUCAUCGAGCGACACCAUCCGGUGGCUGCGCCUGGUGGUGCACGAUGGCAACUUGGGAAGGGCGCAGAUCGCGUUCCCUUACAACGCGCGCGAAGUCGACGAGAACGCCGUCGAUCAGAUCAAGUUGCGCAUCAAGGCAGACUUGGGCGAGGUGGCACAAAAGUGCAACAACCCCACCGGCACCAACUGGCGCUACCUAACCCUAGUGUGGGAACCCAGCGACUGCAAUUGGCCGCAUGCUAGGUCCGCCCUCCAAUACAAGGACAAGUGUUUCGAGGGCGGCAUGCUCUGCCUGCGCGCGGUGGUGAGGCUGCUCUCCGGACUGUCUUCGAAAGUCGGUUGGCCCGGAACGACCAAGGCCAUCCUGACAUGCAAGUGUCACCACCAUCCUCGCUGCGACGCCGUCGCGCGCUGCGGAUGCUUCAGCCAAGGUCAGGCGACGAGGAACCCUGCAAUCUCUGGAUCGCUGGCACCGGAAGAAGCGGAAAAGGGACGGCAGCGAAGCACACUCGAUGUGGGAGGGGACUGA